AUGUUUCGUCUUACUUCACCGGGUUUGACCUCGUUUUUCGUUGUCAGGCAAAAAUGUUUUCGUAUAAUUGCACCAAUUGCCUCUUCGAAAAGCUCGUUUGCAGCUAAGUUGAGAGGUGAUUCAUUAUCGCAGAAGACAAAGAAAUGGGAAAAGAUACCAGAAGGGUUGCGAACAAGUAUUCCUCCAGUGACUAGGGGAAAAAGCACCAAUCUUAUUGAGAUCAAAAACCUACCGUGUACAGUAAUCCCUCGAGAUAUCAAAAUGUUAGCGGGUGAUACCUCCAAGAACACGAGUUCUAUCAACGAAAGUUCGGUUAUGGUGCGUUUUAAUACCGAAAAAGAUGCAGAGCGAUUCAUGGCAAAGAAUUCCAUGACAUCUUUUUGUGGGCAUAAAUUGGACAUUGUUACACAUUCCAAAACUUAUGUGCUUCCACGGAAGUUACCACAGCACCCACGCAGGGAACCGGGAAAUUGUAUCAUAGUGACCGGUUUUCCGGUUAAUAUUGCAGUUGAGAGUAUAAAAGAAACCCUUGUAUCAGAUUAUCCUGGCAUCUCAAAUACACUCUGCGAAAAAUUUAUACCAUUACCGAUCUCUGGGAUUGCACCAAUGUCAUCAAAAUGGUUACUUGUAUUUAAAUCAAAACAAGAAGCAUACCAAAUGGUAAGAAAAUUGCAUAAUACUUAUUUCAGAGGAGAUCUAAACGGCAAGAAAUAUCAAUUAAAAGCUAGAGUCGCUUAUUGA